AUGAGAGAUGCAUACGAAGAAGAAAGUAAUAUUGCAAUACAACAAAACCAUUCUUCAUUAGAAUUGCAAAUGAUUUUUGAUAAUAAUCUUCGUCUCGAUCAAUGUUGCUACAAUAUACCAAGAGUCAAUGAAGUUGCUGCAGUACUACUUGGCCUGGAGGAUAAAAAUUUUCCCUCUCAUUGUCUUGCGAUAUGUCCAUACAGUGAUCAACUUACAACAAUCCCAGUAAUUAAUAAACAUUGUGAUCCAAUGUCAUAUCUGUUAUUAUUUCCAAGAGGGGAUAUAGGCUGGCAUUCCCAGAUGCCAAAUUCACAAAGAAAUGCUAUUAAUUCUAUCCUUCAUGCUAAAUCUCUUUUUCAACAGUAUUUAGUUGAUGUCAGAUUAUCUGAUUACUUGACUACAGCAACAGAAGAACGGGGUGUAGUUCCAGGAUGUGCUAUUGUUUUAAAUAAUGGCAUGCAAGUACUUGAUCUUGAUAAAAUUUCAGCUUACAUCAACACUUGCUAUAUUAGUGCACCUGAAGCAUUUUGGAGAUUAAGUGAAUAUAAAAUGCAAGAGAAAUCACAUACCAUUAUUAGAUUACCUAUAUAUUUACUCCAAAAACAUAAUGUUUACUUUACUGCAGAAAAUAAAUUAGAAAUCCUUCGUAAUGCACUCAAUCAAACUACAAUGUUAACAGCAUGGUUUGAUCUAAAUAAAGAAGAUUCUAAUGCAAAAAUGAUUUCAUAUCAUGAUAUUUUACUUAGAAUGUAUUCGGUUUUUCCUUCAGAUAUAAAAUGCUUUUGGCUUCGAUUAUUACUAUUACACACACCUGGUGCUCUAGGCUUCAAAGACCUUAAAACUGUUAAUGACAUCGAUAAAACUUUAUCUCAAUUCUAUAAAUCUCUUGAAAAAGAUUUCCUCAUCCCGUAUCCUACGACUAUUAAUGUACCUAACAAUGAAAAUUUGAUUAAUACAGAUCAAGAAAAAAUAAAUGUUAAAAGGAUGUACUUCAUGCUUAAUAAUGAACAAAAAUGUAUUGUUGACAAAAUUAUGGCAACAGUUAAUAGACAUAACAAUAACAAGUGUAUAUUUGUCGAUGAACUUGGUGGAACCGGUAAAACAUUUUUAACCCUUUCCACGACUAAUGAUGAAAUCGAAAUUCCAGUGCAAUGCAUUUCAGUAGGUGAUUUAGUAGCUGAUGUUUUUAAUGAUGUGUUGAAAAAUAAUGAUGAAAAAAUCUUACUUUCCACUGUUAUCCUUUGUCCUAAAAAUCAAAUGACUCUUGAUGUUAAACUUCUAUCUGGUCAAAACAGAACAAAAAACAUUGUUUACCAAGAAGUACUUGAUCUUCAAUAA